UGAACGAUAUAAUCAGAACUUUGUAUUAACAUCUCGAUUCGGUGAUACGAUGGUCGUCGAAAACUGAAUGUGCAAACUGAUUCGUUAUCCUAUCAUAUGUAUCAUCGUUUGAAUCAUGUCUACUCCAGAAGAGGUGAUAGAGAGUUUAACAGCACAGGUGAACGAACUGCAAGCAUUGCAGUCCGUCUACCCAACCGAGCUGACCGUGAUGGACCAUGGGGUUUUGGCUGACAUCAACAAAUACAUCGAGUUUCCUAAUCAUGAACCACCACGAUGGCUGGAGUAUGCAAUCGCAGUUUCAAUGAACGAUAAAAGUAUUGAGCUACUAGUAAGCUUGCCAACUAACUACCCGAAGGAGCAACCUGAAGUAUACGUGAGAAGCUCCUGCUUGGACAGAACGCAGCAGUGUCUGCUGAACAAGGAUCUCUCUGUCAUCGUCAAAGCCCAAGAGGCAGGUGAGCCUUGUAUCUACACGCUGAUAUCGUGGCUGCAGGACAACAUUGAGACUUAUCUCGAAGCUUCCGUAUGUAACCAAGCGAUUAAGCACAGCGAUGCGAAUACAAGCGGCACGGAAGAUCGGAUUACAGUAGUUUUCUCCAGAUAUUGGAUCUAUAGCCAUCAUAUAUACAGCAGGUUCAAACGGCGGGACGUAAUUAAUUUGGCGAAAGAGAACUCCAUCACAGGAUUCUGCUUCUCCGGCAAACCGGGAAUAAUUUGUAUAGAGGGAACUCUGGAAGAUUGUAAUUACUGCUGGCAGAAAAUUAAAGCUAUGAACUGGCAAAAGAUAUUGAUAAAAUUAAUGGAAAAAGAGGAAGAUUGUAGUAAUGUGGAUAAUAUGCGCAAGUUUACAGAGUUUGAAGAAAUUUCGUUUGCUACUAACGAACGUCACAAUGACAUGGGUCAGCUUCUCAAGUACUUAACUGAUCAUGACUGUCAGCACGCGUUUAAGGAGCUUUUUGGAAUAGAAGGAAAAUUUGGUAAACUUUCAGAUUAA